AUGGCGCCGCUUUCGCGACUUCUUACACGACGGGCAGCCUUGUUUUCCCUUGUCGCAUCAACACUUGCACAAACCGGCAACCCCAUUCUCGACCCCAUUCUCGAAACCAUUGGAUCAACUCUUCAGGGAGAUGGACUGAUUGAUGGUACACUUGGUGCUAUCGGCGGAACACUAGGCGGCGAGCAAACCUUCGACUAUGUCGUCGUUGGAGGAGGAACGGCGGGUGCUGGAGUUGGCGUAAGACUAGCCGAGGCAGGAUUCAGCGUUGCUAUAAUCGAAGCUGGAGGCUUUUACGAGAUCGCGAAGCCGGUCUUGGGCACCACACCAGCAGGAUCCUUCUUUGGAGUCGGAGCGAGCCUCGCCGACAUGGUACCGACGACAGACUGGGGUUUCGCCACGGAGCCACAACCGCAGCUGAACAAUCGCCGAAUCCACUAUGCUCGCGGCAAAUGCUUGGGUGGGAGCAGUGCCUUGAACUUCAUGGUUUACCAUCGCGGGACCACGGCAAGCUACCAGAUGUGGGCGGAUGCUGUUGAUGACCAGAGCUAUACCAUGGCAAACCUUACCCCAUUCUUCAACAAAGCAGUGACCUUCACUGCCCCUGGAGAGCGGUCGCUUGACAACAUCACGACCACUUACGAUGCGUCCAGCUUUUCAAAUAGCGGUGGGCCUGUGCAGGUUGGCUACGGAAAUUGGAUCUCGAUCUGGGCGUCAUACCUCGAGAAGGCUUUCAAGGCCUUCGGUAUCCAGGAAAACACUGACUUCAACAACGGGAAGUUGCUCGGGUACCAAUGGUCGCAGAGUACCAUUCGGUCCCGCGACCAGACGCGAAGCUCGUCGGUUGCUUAUAUACACGCCGUACAAGCCAAUUCCGAGGCCUCACGCAAUCUCAAGGUAUUUACCCAUACACAAGCGCGGCGAAUCUUGUUCGACAAAUCUUCUGCCAGGCCUAAAGCAGAUGGGGUCGAGGUGUCAGCCCUUGUUGGCUUGACAAAGUAUACCAUUAAGGCUCGUCGCGAGGUGAUCGUGAGUGCUGGAACGCUCCAGUCUCCUCAACUCCUCAUGCUCUCGGGCGUUGGUCCGACUGAUCAGCUUUCAGAGCAUGGUAUUGACCAGAUCGUUUCAGCCCCAGGUGUUGGUCAGAACAUGUGGGAUCACGUUCUAUUUGGUCCUUCAUACUCCGUCAAGUUCAAGACUGUAGGUUCCAUACUUCUCAGACCUCUGGAAUUGGUCAAUGCGCUUGUUGAGUACACAACGAAAGCCAAGGGUCUACUCACCUAUGCGGCCGACAUAUUGGGCUGGGAAAAACUGUCGAAGGUGGAAGGAAUCCGCGACAAACUCAGCCAAAGCACACUGGAUGCCCUGCAAACCUUUCCUGACGACUGGCCCGAGGUGGAAUACAUCGCUGCCGACGCGUACGCAGGGAAUUUCCGUUAUCCCCUGGCGCAACAACCUCUGAACGGCAAGAAGUAUGUCAGUAUCCUUGGAGCCAUGGUGGCACCGCUGUCUCGAGGCAACAUUACACUCAAAUCGGCGAAUCCGCUCGCUGCACCGGCCAUCAACCCGAACUGGCUGUCGGAUCCAGCCGAUCAAGAGCUCGCUAUCGCCUGGUACCGUAGGAUGCGCGAAGUCUUUGCGACAAAGGACGUCGCAGCACAACUGGAAUACAUGGGUAGUGAAGCGUACCCAGGCCUCGACAAGGACAGCGACGAACAGAUUCUCGCAGUCAUCCGAGACAGCGCGAUCACAGUAUGGCACGCCUCUUCGACCUGCCGAAUGGGUAAGAGCGUACUCAAAGAUGGUGUUCGCGAGCGAGUUGAUGAGAUGGACGUCGUCGACUCUGAGGCCAAGGUUUUUGGGGUAGAUGGGCUUCGUGUUGUGGACGCCAGUAUUUUUCCAUUCCUGCCGCCUGGCCAUCCUCAGAGCACCAUUUAUGCAUUAGCAGAGAAGAUCUCGCAGAUCAUUGUUCGGGAUGGCCGCAGUAGUACGUAG